AUGUCGCUCCCCAACGGCCAGUCCGUCUGGCAUCCUCCCUCCUUACAACAUGCAAACAGCAAUAGAAGUCUACCGCAUCUCGAUGAUGUUCCUGCGCGCACGCAGACCCCCGUCGAUAACUCGGCCACAUUGAUGCCUGAGGCACCACUUGAUAUCGAGGAAGAGAAUCGACGCGCCCUCUUCGCCGAUCUGUAUCGCAAGACCGAGGACAAGGUCGCGCUGCUCUUUGGCGAAGAUGGCUCAUACAACUAUGCCGCGAUCAGCGCUCUCCGCCGCCUGCCGGCCGCCUCCGCCACCAUUAUCCCUCCCGCGACCGAUCACGAGCCCAUCAAAGAGCCUCCGCUCAAGAAGGCAAAGCGAGCCAUCGAUGAGGAUGACUACGACGACGAUGACGAAGACGAGGAUGAGCCCGCGCAACCCGCGCCCAAGCCGCAGUCUUCCGCCGCCGCCGCCAACACGCUGCUCUCCCCCUCGAAAUCAGGGAGCUCGCCAGUUCACUCAGUGACAUCACCCGGCAAGCAGGGCGACAAGUCCAAAGAUAAACCCGGCGAAGAUGCCAUCAAGAAAUUGGAAGAGGCUCGCACAGCCACCGAAGAGGCAGCGAGGAGGAGCUUCCACACCAUAUUUCAUACUCUCGAAAAUGACCGUGCGGCUAUGCUUGAGCAGCAGCAACUGGAAGACUCCGAGAAGCAACUCCAAGCCGAAAUGGAUCACAACCACCACCCAAAUCACAGCCACAACCAUGCCCCGAAUCAAGGUUCCCUCAGCAGCGCGAAUCUCGGCGCUUCCAGUCUCACCCUGAAGCAUCUCAUCGCUCGGAUAGACAUGAAGCGAGACCAAGUUCGCGCCUCUGAUGCAGAAUUGAGACUUCUCAUGAAUGAGGUCCGCAAGAAUCGGAGUAAAUGGGCUAGUGAGGAGAAUGUGAACCAGGAAGAGCUCUACGAGGCCCUAGAAAAGGUCUUGACGGAGCUCAAGGCGCAUACCGAAUACUCAACUCCCUUCCUGAACAGGGUCAACAAGCGAGAUGCCCCAAACUACUACAACUUCAUCAAGAACCCCAUGGACCUCGGUACCAUGACCAAGAAGUUGAAGAGUCUAACAUACAAGUCCAAGGCCGAAUUCGUCGUGGAUCUUAACCUGAUCUGGGACAACUGCCUGAAGUUCAAUCAGGACAUGAACCACCCGUUACGACGUAUGGCGAAUGGAAUGAGAAAGGAGGCAGAGAAGCUCAUCCCCCUAAUUCCCGACCUUGUCAUCCGCUCCCGGGCCGAAGUUGAAGCUGAGGAGCGGCGAAAACAGAACGGCGGCGAUGACGACGGCGGAGACGACUCUGACGAUGAGCCCAUCAUGUCAUCGCGCGGCCGCAAAGCUGGCUCAAAGGGGACAACCAAAGCCCGAAAAGCACACAACGAGAAGGAAGAUACACCAGCCAUUGAUCAAAAACCCAUAUUACAAGUGAACGGUCUUCUCGGAAAGGUCAGGGAGGGCUCUGAAGUAGACGGAAGCAACGGGUUCGCCACUCCGAUCGCUGGAUCAAUCACACCAGGCGGUGUUAACGGCCACUCGGGAAUCGCAAGCAACGCCGAUGCCAUGGAUAUUGAUGGGCCGAGUCUCAACGGAAUGGCUUUGAACUCGGCGUUUGGAGAGGCUGCUGAGCAAGCAUACGAGGACGAAGAGUACAAGGUCUGGAAACAAACGACUAAGAAAGACCGAGCUCUGGUGGCCAAGGAGCGAUACCAACUCUUCAAGGACAACAAGUUCAACGUCGAGGCUCCUGCAUUGGUCCGUACCAAGAAUGGGAUGCGACGGUUCCUGAAGCGCCAGAGAGAGGCAGAGGCACAGGGCAUCAUCACAAAUGCCCAAGCAAACUCAGCCGCUGUGGCCACAAAGGACGGGGCGACGAAACCAACCGAGACCCUGGCUGAGGAGAUUGAGGAGGAGGCGGAGAAGGUGAUCCCAGACUAUUACGAUGCCCAGAGCAACAUCCCCGACAUUCACCCAAAACUCCAGUGGAUUGAGGAUGGAGAAGGGCAAGUCAUUAAUCAACACGAGGACUUCCUCCGCCUGGUUCCCGCUGGGGGUUUCGUUGCGCCGCAGAGUCGCUUAACCAAGAAGAUGGACGAGAACAUCCACCAAAUCCAGGAAACAAGAAAACUGGCAACAAGGAUUUCGGUGAUCAAGCAGAUGCAAGUCCAGACUCAGGUGUACACGAACCAAUUCCCCAAGUCCAACUCGGACCCCUUUGUCGAGCAGGACAUUGAACCGCAUUUCAUAUCUGACGAUGGUCCUGUAAUGGCGCCCGAGACCUGCCAGAAUGCACUCAAGCGUUCCAUUGCCAAGAUUCUUUACCACACUGGCUUUGAGGAGCUCCAGCCUUCUGCCAUUGACACCUUCACUGGGGUCGCAUCUGAUUACUUCCAAAAGCUGAUCCGAACAUUCAACGUCUAUAACCAGUCAGAGAAAAAGGCAGCAUCGGCCGCAGAAGGGUCCAAAUUCCAACCCCGGUUCACCCCAGAGGAGGUGAUCCUGCACACCUUGGAUGAGAACGGCCACGACAUCGCCUCCUUGGAAGCGUACGCCCGGGAUGAUAUCGAUAGACUCAGCUCCAAGCUAGGCGGUCUUCACGAGAGGAUGAAGAUUCAUCUCACAGAUCUACUCCGCCCCGCCCUAUCUCAGGAUGCGGGCGCUGACGGAGUGGGUGCCUUCAAGGAUGGCAGUGAGCAAUUCGUUAGCGGCGACUUUGCUGAAGAUCUGGGCGAAGACUUCUUUGGCUUCCGAGCUCUGGGUCUGGACAAGGAGAUGGGACUCGAUAUGAUCUCUGUGCCCCUGCACCUACUGCAGACCCGGGUGCGCAACCAGUACCAGAUGCAAACCCAGACGACUGGCGAGGCAACAACCGAUCUCUUUGAUCCAUUGUCGGCUUCAGACCCAGUCACCAAGGAGAACAUUCAGGACCAGAUCGGACUGGUCAAGAACUUCUUCCUGGCUAAGCUGCACGCUAAUGGCGAUCAGCCUCUCGUGGAGGAUGAAGACCUUCCAACCAAGCAGAAGAAGCCCCGCCCUCGUCUGGGUGCAAGCGGAAAGAUCGUCACGGCCCAGAAGCGGUCUCCAAAGGAGCAGAUGGCGCUCGCCAAGAAGAAGAAGAAGAUGGAGGCGGCAGCAGCCGAGGCCAAGGCCAAUGCCUCGCCCGACAAGGGGGCAGCCUCCAAUACUCCCGGCAAAAAGAAGUCGAUGACGGUGACAACCGGCACAGCGCCCAACCCUGCGGUGCUCGCCCUCGCCCCCAGCAUGGAAAGGCGGGACAGCACUCAGAGCCAGGGCAACGCCAGCCAGACGGACAAGGACGACACCAUCGGCAUGAUGAGUCCGGAGAGCAUUGCACAGUAG